CACUCUCACCACCUUUUAUUCUUCUUCAUUCUCUUCAACUGCGUCAAAGGACUUGGAAGCGCACAUUGUACUUCUAGGGGGCAUUUGCGCAGAUCAAGUCAAGCCCUCCUCGCACUGCUGGUGGUUUAGCACAUGCGAACGACGUCUUCGCGCAGAUAAUCUCUUAAAUCCGGACGAGCCAUUUUACCUCCCAAGGCAUCCAUUUGCGACGGCCUCAAUUGACCUUUGCAAUACUGGUCUGGCCAGAACGCGCAAGGACACUCCCCAGCGUCGUCCGGAAAAAGAAGUGUCUAUCAGACUUGGAAACGCGCCUCCCUGCAGAAAAGCGUUCGGCUAGGCAGUGCUACGAUCAUCACCCUCUUACCUCAAUUGACGGCAUCUGCGAUCACAACCGCACCGUCCAAAGAUUGUCAAGAUGACUCCUACCCCUCCCUCAGCGCAUACAUCCUACUCCGGCGAGUCUCCCGACCAAUUUCGAGUUGUGCGAAAGCGCAACCGCAUCCCCUUGUCAUGCGCGCCGUGUCGGCAUCGCAAACUGAAAUGCAAUCGGCAACAACCCUGUGACAAUUGUACGAAGCGUGGUGAUAGCGCCUCGUGCGCCUAUGCUGCUCCGGCCGCGAAAAAGAAGGGAAGUCAAAGUCACAGUUCCUCAAACUCCACGCCUGACGAUAUGCAAAAUCGGAUAGAUCGUUUAGAAGGAUUGGUCUUAUCAUUGAUGACCAAUGGCGCCCAAGCCGUUGGACCAGCGGCUGCUCAACAGGUUUUGUCCGCCGAGAACAGCACUGUUGGAAGUGGCUCAUUGGGUCCGAAUCUGGACAAUGAGUUGGAUGAGACCAAUAUGAUGGACGAGGAUGGUGAUAAUCAAGAGGCUGAAAGCGAGACUGACGGCGUGACAAAGAGCUUUGGAAUCCUCAAAGUUGAUACCGAGAGACAGAAAACCUUCUACGUCGGUGAAGCGCAUUGGGCGGCCCUGCUCAGUGAAAUUGGUGAGGUGAAGAAUUACUUUACAGCGCACAAGAAAGAGUACGAGGCUCAGAUUGAAAAGGUCGAGCUGGCCAGGAAGAGUAUGGGAACGGACGUGGGCUCAGGACCUGCUCUUUUGUUCGGAAGUACAAUACCUCCCAGUCGGUCAGAUAUUCUCGCGCAAAUACCGUCACGAUAUAUGUCCGAUAUUCUCAUCGGAAGAUAUUUCAACACUUUUGAUCCUGCAACCCAUGUAUUGCACGGUCCGACAUUCCAGCGACAUUACAACACCCACUGGGCUGAUCCGUCCAAGAGCUCGAUCGUCUGGGUGGCCAUGUUAUUCGCCAUGAUGCGCCUGGCCAUGCUGUCCUAUGGUCGAGAAGGUGAUGAGCCCCCCGAGUUUCGAGGGAAAUGUCAGGAUUUGGCAGCCAAUUUCCGUACGCAAAUGGCGCACUGCCUCAUCAUCGCCGAUUAUACGAAACCACAUAACUUUAUCAUCGAGACUCUGAUAUUCCAUCUGCAUGCGGAAUACACAUCGAAUCGAGACGCCGAGGCAAGUGUGUGGGUAUUGGUCGGUAUGAUUGCUCGACUUGCCAUGCGUAUGGGCUAUCACCGAGACGCCAAGUUGUUCCCGAACUUGACUCCCUUUCAAGGAGAGAUGCGACGUCGUAUAUGGACAUUCGUCCGAAGUGCCGAUCUGCUGUUCUCUUUCCAGGUGGCUCUGCCUUCUAUGAUCCGCAUUGGAGACUCCGAUACCGAUCUUCCUCGAAAUAUCUAUGACGACGAGUUCGAUGAAGAUUCGACCUCACUUCCUCCUGCGCGGCCGGCCACAGAAGCUACUCCUAUUUCGUACAUGAUAGCUAAGGGCCGUUUGUCAUUCAGUUUCGGACGCGUCUUGGAAGAAAUCAACGGAGUCGAUCACAAAGGCUAUGACGAAAUUCUCAAGAUCGAUCGUGGAUUGAGAGAUAUCUAUGAGAGCUUACCGGAACACCUGAAACUUCGCCCUAUGGCCGAACAGACGCUGGCACCAAUCUCGCUGAUUAUGGCAAGGUUUAGUCUUGCCACUGUAUAUCACAAAUCGCAGUGUGUCCUGCACAGACGUUACAUGCGUCUUGCAAGACCUGGAAGCCGGUACAUGCAUUCUCGAAAGACCUGUCUGGACUCGGCCAUGCAGCUUCUCAGCUUUCAGGCCAUUCAGCACCAGCAGAGUCGUGAACGUGGAAGAUUGAGGAGUCUUCGAAAUCAUGUCAACUCACUGACUGCGCAUGAUUAUCUCCUGGCAGCCACGGUGGUAUGCAUGGAUCUUUACACCCAUCGCGAGCGGCCCGAAAAUGAUGUCAGCACUCCCAACACCUCGGUCAGUGGAGGCAGCAUCAGUCAAGGUAGCAACCUGUCGGAUGGCGCCUACGUCCCGGGCUUGAUCUAUACACGUGAAGACAUGGUUCGUGCCUUGGAGGAGAGCCGGGAUGUGUGGAUGGCCAACCGGGAUCUCAGCAUUGAAGCUUACAAAGCCAGUGAGCUCCUCAACGUGCUCUUGUAUCACAUCAAACUGCCCUACUCGCCCAACAAUGCUCCCAAUGCACAAGCGUCGGACAAACAAAAUCCGGGAUCAAGCAAUGACGAGCAGACUGCCGCUAUGACACUCGGCAUGCUCCAGGCAGGUGGUGUUGGCUCAACUGCUCAAGGAAGUAACAUGCCGCAAGGAGCGUCCCCCAGCGCGCAGUGGGACAAGAAUAUGCUGAAUGCAGGAUUGCCCUUCAACAGUGAUCAGUUCAACUCGGGCCUUUUCGCGGCAGCCAAUGCAACCAGUCCUUUCCCAGGCUUCGGCUUUGGGGGAAGCGAAUUGGCUCACAACAUGAACCUUGAUUGGGAAGUUUGGGAUCAGUAUAUGCAACCGCCCAAUCUUACCCUAGAUCCAGCGGCGAAUCUAUGGUCGAACACCUCGCCGAACAACAAUCUAUUUACUCAAUCCCCGGACGCGGCUGCAGAUACAUCUUUCGGACUCGGAGGACCGACGUUCUUUCCACAGAGCAUGGCUGGAGUCUUGAAUAUGAGUGGAUCAUCUGAUACGAAGGCGGACCAGAUGCCAGAAUUGACGGCGAACUCGACCAGUCCUGCGGGCAACGACAACAGUGCUGGAGAGGUGUUUAUGGGCGUACAGUCUCCCCAGCCAGGUGGGAUCCCAAGUUGGAAGUGGACUGUGAUGGAUCAGCAGAAGAAGUGACUUUGACGAGGGGACUUAUGAGGACGAGAUGAGCAUGCGUAGUAUGAUACCCGAUGUGAUGGCAGGUUUGUAACGAUAAUGGGCAAGCCGGACGAGGACUAUAAAAAUGGGCUGGUUCUUUCGACUACAUAUGAGAAUUGUACUUGGGCGGAAUGAGCUUCAGCGUCAUGUGGAAUUUAUUGCGGUCGUUGGUGGGUCACAUAUGCUUGAACUCUCCCCUUAAUAUAGCAAUGGUUUGAGGCUGGGCUCUGUUCGUGUAUACUCGGUAGCCUCGUUCCACCAGGCGAUAGGAAAGGGUAGUAGGCAUUAUCAACCUGGAGAGCCCCCUAAGUCUAACAUUAGGCGGUACCCGAACGUGUCGCGCCGAGCCUUUUUGGCCCCAUUUUCAUACAUGUUCCGUGGAGAGUGUUUCGGACCCUUUUAACU